UGUGCCAUUCACUGACUUGACCUGUCCUCACUUUCGGGCUUUUUCUUGCCAUCCGUCCUUCCUUUGGUUUAACCAUCGCCAUUCCUUUGCCAUUCUUGUCAUUCCUUCACCUCUGGUCGAACCCGCAUCAUUCCUUUUGCGCGGACGGCAUUCGAUUCUCCCCCCGGCAAUCCACCCACUACUUCCUAGUAGUACAUAUCUUCCGCUUAUCGCAUCCAAGGCUUCGCUCGGGUGGUCGCUAAUUCCCCAAGUACAUUCAUUCCUUUUCAACCCGGGUGCGCAUCAUUGUAACCAUGGGUUCAAUAUCGUCCCUGAGGACGCUCGUGAUGGCUGGCUUGCUGGGCACGUCGCUGGCCGCCACCACCGAGCAAUGGAAGUCGCGCACCAUCUAUCAGACCAUGACCGAUCGGUUCGCGCGCACCGAUGGAUCGACCACGUCCCCCUGCAACACCACCGAGGGAGUGUAUUGCGGCGGUACGUGGAAAGGCACCAUCGACAAACUCGAUUACAUCCAGGGCAUGGGCUUUGAUGCCAUCAUGAUCUCCCCCGUCAUUGAAAACCUCGAGGGCCGCGUGUCAUACGGUGAGGCCUACCACGGCUAUUGGCCCUUGGAUUUGUACUCGCUGAACUCGCACUUUGGAACGCAUCAGGAUCUGCUGGAUCUGAGCAAGGCCCUGCAUGACCGCGGCAUGUAUCUCAUGAUGGAUACCGUCCUCAACAACAUGGCCUACAUGACCAAUGGCUCGGACCCAGCCACCCAUAUUGACUAUUCAGCCCUCACCCCCUUCAACAGCUCAUCGUACUACCACCCCUACUGUAAGAUCACGGACUGGAAUAACUACACCAACGCUCAGCUGUGCCAGACCGGAGACAACAUUGUGGCGCUGCCCGAUCUCUACACCGAGCAUAGCGAAGUCCAGGAGAUGCUCGAGAACUGGGCCAAGGAAAUCAUGUCCACCUACUCGAUCGAUGGCCUUCGGAUCGACGCGGCCAAGCACGUGACCCCCAGCUUUCUGAAGAAUUUCGGGGACGCCGUGAACACGUUCAUGACCGGUGAGGUGAUGCAGCAGGAAGUUUCCACGAUCUGCGAGUACCAGAACAACUACAUCGGCAGUCUUCCGAACUAUCCGAUCUAUUAUGCGCUCCUGAAUGCGUUUACUCUGGGUAAUACCACUGCCUUGGCCACGCAGGUUCAGGCGAUGAAGAGCGCGUGCAGCGAUGUGACGGCCCUGGCGUCGUUCUCGGAAAACCACGAUGUUGCGCGAUUUGCCAGCAUGACCAAGGACAUGGCGCUUGCUAAGAAUGUGCUCACGUUCACCCUGUUGUUUGACGGGGUUCCCAUCGUCUACCAAGGCCAAGAGCACCAUCUUGAUGGCGGCUACUCGCCCGUCAACCGCGAGGCCAUUUGGCUUACCGAAUACAAGACGGACGCCGAGCUCUACAAGCUGAUCUCCAAGCUGAACGCCAUCCGGAAGCACGCCGCCCGACUGGACCCUCAGUAUGUGAACAUGCAAACGUACACCGUGUUCGAGGGGGGCAGUGAGCUGGGCUUCCGCAAAGGCGUCGAUGGCCGGCAGGUGAUCAUGCUGUUGUCCACGCAGGGCACGGAGGGCGGCCCGUACAACCUGUCGAUGCCAGUGAGUUUCACGGGCGGCACGGUGGCGACGGAGGUUCUCAACUGCGUGAACUACACGGUCAAUGAACUGAGUGAGCUCGUUGUCCCGAUGGACAAGGGAGAGCCCAGGGUGUUCUUCCCGGCGGAGCUCAUGCCCGGCAGUGGGCUGUGUGGCUUCCCUGUCUCGAACGUCUCCUAUGCGACACUGAAGACGAAGGCUGCCAGCACGAAGGCGGCGGCGGCAGCGUCGCUUGGAGUCAAGACGAUGGGAAACAUUGCCUACAGCGCCUUGUUCUCUCUGGGCCUGUCGGUGGUGGCCAGCGUGGUGGUGGGAGUGUUGUAAAUUCCCUAGUGGGAGGUAUAAUCGUGAUUAUGCUUGUUCUGUUGUAUAUUCUUCCGUACUCUGUCCGUCUUACUUCUCUGUACGAUACCCUUUUCUCCUUUUUCCAAGCCUGCGUGACCAUGGUGGUUGCGCUGCGGCAACUG